AUUCAUUAAUUAAUCAAUGCUAUCACUCCUCGAGUAUAUGAAACUUAGGAGUAAUUUAUUAUUUUGAAUCCAUUAAUCAUGGCUACUAUGGAAAAGCUAAAAAAGCUUGUUGUUAAAGACUCUCCUCAUUUCAAAACAUAAGAUUUGACUGCCUUAAUGGGAAAUAAGAAGGGGUGUUAUAGAUUAAAGAAUGGGACUCUGUAUUCUGGAGAUUGGCUGGAUGAUAUGAGACAUGGCUAUGGCAAGGUUUUGAAUCUGGAUGGAAGUUUUUAUGAAGGAUUUUUUAAAUAGGAUCAAUAUUAUGGCAUUGGAAGAUUGAUAUAUCAUGAUGGAGACUAUUAUGAAGGGGAAUUUGAAAGCAAUCUAUUUAAUGGGUUCGGUGUGUAUAGUUCUACCUUUUAUUAUGAAGGCGAAUGGUAUAAUGGAGAAAAACAAGGUCAAGGCAAAGAAAUAUGGCCCAAUGGCAUCACUUAUCAAGGAUAAUUCAAGAGAGGCUCGAAAGAAGGCUAAGGCAAGAUGAUAUUUAAUGAUAACUCGUAUUAUGAAGGAGAAUUCCUUAGAGACACUUUUAACAAUAAAGGGACAUUCUUUUGGAAUGAUAGCAAGAAGUAUGUCGGCGAAUGGAGAGAUGGAGUCAAAGAAGGCCAAGGGUCAAUGAUUUGGCCUACUGGAUAGGAGUACAAAGGAGAAUUCUUACAAGAUGAAUUCGAAGGCCAAGGAUAAAUGACAUAUCCAGAUGGAAAGGUUUUCAUUGGGUAUUGGAGAUCAAGUCGAUAAAAUGGAGAUGGCGAAAUCUAUAAAAAUGGAUAACUGUAUAAAAAAGGAAUUUGGAAUAUGGGUACUUUGAUAAAAGAAAUUAAAAAAUGAGAUUUUUAAUCUAAAUUUUUUUAUCCUAAUCAUAAUUAA